AUGAAAUUCAGAAUACGAGAAUAUGACAAAGGUCCAGAUGGUGAUUCCAAGACACCUGACAAGGAAUCCUUCCACUCUGAGUAUAUUCUGUUUACUACAAACGACAACGAAGUAUCAUCCACAGUGACAACCAAAUCAAGAUACUUCUACGAGAGCCUGAAUAUCACCAAAGUUCUGUCUGAUCUGUUUCUUCCGAUUGGAUAUCCAGAUUCGGUUGACAAAUCGUACUUGCCGUAUCAAUUGUACGAUGGAUUGCAGGGAUUGUGUAGUUAUUGGAGAGGAGUGGUAUCCACCAAGGCUGUCCUAGAAGCUUCGGGGGUAGGGAAUUCCGAAGCCACGGCCUUUAGUGCAGCCAUUCAAUGGGCACUGAGGGAUGGAACCGGAAUGAUCGGUGGAUUAGUAUUUUCGUAUGUUUGCAGUUCUUAUUUCGAUACCCAUGUUAAGGAAUUUCGUUUGUUUGCUGAUGUCAUUAACGAUGUGGCUUUGACACUCGACAUGUUUGCCCCAAUUGCACCAGCCGAGUACAGCUUGUUCAUUCUGUCUUUGUCCACCUUUUGCAAAACUAUGUGUGGCAUGUCUGCUGGGGCCACCAAGGGACGUAUUACCCAACACUUUGCUAGCGACAACGGCAACAUGGCCGAUCUCACGGCCAAGGAGUCGACGCAAGAAACUUUGGUGAGUCUGUUGGGAAUGAUUGGGGGUGUCUAUGUAGCUAGAUGGCUGGAGGAUGCUCCAAUAAGCGUCACCUGGUGGAUAUUCUGGUUUUUGACGGCGGUGCAUGUAUGGGCGAACUACAAGGGUGUCAUGAUUAUCAAAUUGGCAACACUCAACCCUGAGCGGACGGAUGGAUUGUUCCGAGACAUUGUCCAGACCCUUGUUGACAACCAUGACGGUGGAAACGAUAUGGACGAAGGGAAACUACAAGCAAUCGUACAACGGGCUCCGUCACCAGAUACCGUAUCGGAGUCAUUGCUUCAUUCCACUUGGACUCUUUUCUUUCCACGCCUAGUCUUAUCCAAACCACUGAUCUUGAAAUAUUUGGACUGUAUACAAGCCUUCCAACAAGAAUCCUAUAUCUUGGGAUAUGGAGGAGGUCGAAGAAUCUACAUUUGGCUAGGUGUGGACGCAAGGAAAGUUGAUAGAUUACAGGGCUAUGUUCAUGCUAUGCUGAUUCGUGGACUAUUAGAUCAAGGAAAAGAGUGGAGUGUGGAACUUGUUCAAAGGUCGUUGGUUCAUGUAAAGCAACUGUUCCAUGUGAGACAUCCACUACGAGGACAAUCAAAAUACUCAUUACUCAGCUGCCUCGAGGACAAGGGUUGGGAUUUUCAUAGCAGACUGUACUUGGGUUACACUGAUGCACGAAUAGAGUGGUCAAAUAUCAAAGAAGAUUGA